UUUGUGGGUACCUUGAAGCAGCACGCCUUCCAGGGUUCUGUCCCCGGUGACGAGGACCUAAACGUGGAGCACCUCCAACUCCUGCUGCUCCUCUUCCACAACCUGUCUGAGCGGGGGAGGCGCGCCGUGCUCACCCUGGUCACCCAGGCCAUCACAGAGGUAUUUAACUGCUCUUUAACUGUGUUGUCUUUUGUAUUGUCUUACCAAGGCUUGGACUCGCGUCACAACGAUCACGACUUCUGACUCCACCAGUGGUGACUCAGACUUGGACUAGGGUCACAACGAUCACGACUUCUGACUCCACCAGUGGUGACUCAGACUUGGACUAGGGUCACAACGAUCACGACUUCUGACUCCACCAGUGGUGACUCAGACUUGGACUCGCGUCACAACGAUCACGACUUCUGACUCCACCAGUGGUGACUCGGACUUGGACUCGCGUCACAACGAUCACGACUUCUGACUCCACCAGUGGUGACUCAGACUUGGUCUUGAUCAGUACUGACUUUGUUGUCAGAAAGUCUCUAUCCCAUAAUGCAACAUGCUAGCUACAACAGCAAAUGUUAGAUUGGGGCAAUUCCCACGGUAACAUUAUGAUGCUGAGACUACGAUUUUUCACUUUAAAAACCAAAACCAAUGAUCGCAAAGUCAAACAAACCAUACAACCCUAUGCAUGCACAAGCACGACUUAACAAUUUCCACAGAAAAGUUUACAAAAACACAUUUACUUGAAGAACAGUGCAGAUGAAAAGUUUGUUAACAGAUUGACGGCACAAACCGCCAUUCUGUUACCAAACUCUACAUCUGCACGGUUCUUCAAGUGAACGUUAUCUUGAGUCACGGCAUCAUUCUGUUACUGUGGAAUUUCCCAUAGCUGCUGUAAUUAGCUAGCUACCCUUACGAAUGUUCCAACACAGCAAGCUAGCAAGCUUUCUCGUAUGACAAACCAAUAAGAUGGCGCCGACGGACAUGGCAGCUGUGCUUCUAGCUCCUAAGCAAUAAUUACAAGCAUUUUCGCUACGCCCGCAAUAACAUCUGCUAAAUAUGUGACCAAUAGCAUUUUAUUUGAUUAAUAAAGUCCAAUCUCCUGUCCUCUCAGGUGGCGGGUCCCCUCCACCAGGAGGCCCAGCUCAGAGCCGUACCCCUUAACCUGUCCCGAAUGCUGCUGGUGCUAGACUACCUGCUCCAUCAGUACUCCAAGGUCCCCAUGUACCUCUUCCAACAGGUAGGUUGAACGGCCGCUCAGUCCUUUUUUUUGUGUUGGGUUGCAGUUUUUAGAAUUGGUAGAAAUUGUGUCGUGACCAGCAUGGUUUUUAUUUAAACUCUCUUGAGUCAAUUUACGCGGCCCAGUUGAAAUCGAAUUAGCGUGAUACUAAAAUCCCCAUAAAAAAAUCUGUCUUGUUUAAACCCCAUAUCUGGAGUUUUGUUGUCCAGCAACAUUUCACUUUAUGGCUGCAGUGCACUUUUUGCAGUAGGUCGUUGGGCGGAAGAGGCAGACCUCCUAACACAGUGAACUGACUAUCUCAUCUAUUGCUUGCAGGUCCAGUACAAUCUACUGACCCCACCGUGGUCAGGCCAGGGUUCAGUCCAGGACGGGUCCAAACGCAGCGCCCUUCCCCUCUACUGCGGCUUUAAAGAGGUGGAGGAGAACUGGUCCAAGCACUGCUCG